AAACGCGGCUUAUUCAAAUACCGUGCGUUACGUAUAAUUGUCGACAAAUUUCCACCAAAUACACAACGUAAGGGGAAAAAGUGACAUUUCCCAUAAAUAACCGACGUAAAAGCGAAAAAGCGAUAUUUACCCUUUAUUUACGCAUUCGUCCGCUUUAUUUCCCGUUUUUGGGUUGCCUGGGGUUUUUCUGUCUAAACUUAUCAAAGGCUGAACGUUAUAUGAAGUUAGGAUGGCAGUUAAAGUCGCACUUAGUUGCUUAAGGGUUCUCUGCAUACAAAGUCAUGUUGUCCAUGGAUAUGUCGGCAAUAAAAUAGCUGUUUUUCCUUUGCAAGUCUUAGGCAUAGAAGUUGACUAUAUUAACUCUGUUCAGUUUUCAAAUCACACAGGCUAUGCUUUUGUCAAGGGGCAGGUGUUGGAUGCUACGAGCAUGAAAGAUUUAUAUCUUGGUUUGAAGGCAAAUGGCCUCAACAAGUAUACUCAUGUGCUCACAGGUUACCUGGGGUCGUCAAGCUCUUUAGAAGUGGUCGCAGAUAUUGUAUCUGACCUCAAAAAAGAGAACUCAAACAUAAAAUAUUACUGCGAUCCCGUCCUAGGUGACAAUGGAAAGCUUUACGUUCCACCCGAACUCGUCCAGAUAUACCAAGAAAAAAUACUCCCUUUAUCAGAUGUUAUUUUGCCAAACCAAUUUGAAGCAGAAAUACUAAGUGGUAUACGAAUAACGGAUGAAAAGUCUGCUUUAAAUUGUAUCAAAUACUUACAUAAAAAAUAUCAUAUUCCAACUGUAAUUAUUACAAGUACUAAUGUAACUUUAUCACCAGUAAUGUAUGGUUAUGGAAGCCGUUUAAAGAAUCCAAUGAAAAAUAAUAAUAGUAGUGAUUUGUUAAAUCAAACGAAUGGUUCAGUUACGAACAACACUUCAAAAUACGAUCGUGUACGUUUUAAAAUUCCACAUUUGGAUUACCAUUUUAUUGGGACCGGAGAUUUAUUCGCUGCUUUAACAUUAGCUCAUUUAGAGACAAAAAUUGAGAAUGAAAAUGGACAACAAGUACCUAAAUAUUCCUUCAAAGAUGCUUUUCAAUCGGUUCUUAGUACAAUCCAAACUGUUCUAUCAAAAACAUUAAAAAUAUCUGAAGGAGGUUAGUUGGUUAGAUUUGUUUUAUAAGUUCCGUCUAUAAUUAUUACUCAACUGAACGUGAUCCCAUAUGACUAGUCUUGAUCACUGAUCGUCUACGUUUACAAGAAAGUACAAAAAUCCUCUAAUGACUGUUACAGAGCAAUCAUCCGAUGCUUAACUAGGGAAAACCUGACUGAUUUCAGUCGAAACAAGACGACACAUGAUUAACUUUAAUGGAACACAAAUCCUUCAAAAAGAUAUUUAAUUCUUUUAAAUAAUUAACUACAGUUCGAAAGCCUACAUAUAUGAACAAGCCCAAAUAAUCUGAAUAGAUGGAGUAUAGUUAGAUGGACCAUAAAAACUAUUGAUUAAUUAUAAAUAUGGUCUACCAUCAUAUACAUUUCCUUUCUUAUUACGUUCUCAUUACAUUUCACACCAAAAUGAAUCGUAUUCACACUAAAAUCUCAAAUCUAACAUCUUAACAGGGCAAUUGUUUAAUAUCAGAAAGGAGUUUUUGUGGAUAUUAUAGUAAUUUAAUAGUUAAGUUCAUGGGUCAGUUGAAGCUAGACCACAAUGGAAAACCUGAAAGCACUGAACGGUCGUUUCGUUCUAGUAUGAGACUCUUCGGGAGUGCGCAUCCACGAUCCCCGCCCUGCGAGAUUUGAACGCAGUACCUAUUGGUCUCGCACGCGAACGCUUAACCUCCAGACCACUGAACCGGCAUCGAAUGAUGUUAAUGUCUAACUUCAACUAACCCACGAAAUUGAGCCACCAUCUACCAUUGUAUUCAGUCAGUUACUAUCUCACACCCAACACGGUUGAACUCCACUGGUCGCAACUUUUUAAUAGAACUCCCGGAUUAACCUCUCGAAAUUAAUCACUACUAAGCACAUGAUUAUUAUUAGUAUAAGAAAUUUUGUGGAACUUGUUAAUUUCCAUUGUUUCCCAUCAGCAAAUGACCUUCGUGUUAUUUUUAUUAUUAUUAAUGAGUUUAUUCAAUAUUGUAUUUUAGUACAGUAUAAAAUUCUCAACACAAGGUAUUUCAACAAGUUCCUUCUACAAAAAAACAAAAACAACAAAAGGAAAAAGGUGAAAAAAAGAUCUGAAAAUCCAAAUGAGAGACAUGUUUAAGAAUACAGGUUAUUGACUAGGUUAACUCUAACAACCUGCUCGUCACAGAGUAUAUUUGCUAGGUAAGGUAUUAUAGGAGUUUUAUACUCAAGUGCAUGGAUUUUAAUGUAUUAACGUCUCAUUCUACCAGAAGAUAUACAAGGAGAAAGAUAUGAGUGAAGGGGAUGGUUAGUAUCUAAUAAGAUAACAUUUGCUAGGAGUUUGCAAGACUUUAAUUGUCUAUCCACAAUCAUAUUAAUAAUUAAUUAUUUAUUUAUUUGAACACAAAUCUUGGUACAAUAUAUAUGCGCAAUACAAAACAAUCAGAAUUUAGGGGAAGGAAAAAAAGAGAACAAUAACGAAGAGAUUGAUGUAAGGUAGUGUAAUAAUAAUGGUAAAAAUGGAGGAACGGAAAGGUACAACCAGAAGAAAUCUUUCAGUUAAGGAAGAUACAAUCACUUUUUAUGAAGAAAGUAAAAGACGGUUACAGCAGGAUCGCCACUGGCUUCUAUUCUGAGUCAUAUCUGAUAACGUCUCUAGCCACUGUAUUGCACCACCUCUCGGACCCCAGACAGGGAGUCGUGAAGGACCAACACAAGCCAGCCCUUUGCAGCUUUCUUUCAUACCACGACACCAUGUCAUAUAUUGACCACCUCUCCGCUUUUUCCAACCAGUCCCAGAGUCGGCAAAUAAUGCACGACGUGGAAUUCUCUGGGACGACAUUCGUAGAACAUGUCCAAGCUAUCGAAGUUGGUGUUUUUUAAGAUGGCGACACCGAUUGCAUUGUCGUCUCGGCACCCGAACACACGAUCCCGAAGCUCUGCAUUACUAACAUGGUGUUGCCACUGAAUGUCAGCAAUCCCAUGGAGACAACGAUGAUCAAACACGGAGAGUCGUCUAACAUCCUCAACUCGGAGAGGCCAGGUUUCACAAACAUAGAGCAAAACUGCUCUCACCGACGCGUUGUAGAUCCGACCUUUUACAGCCAGACUAACAUCACAAAGGCGCCAAAGACUACCCAAACUGCCAUAAGCCGCUCUGGCUUUCACUAUACGUGCAUUGAUCUCAUCACUCACGCCCUCACCAGCACUUAUGCAGCAGCCCAGAUACACGAACUUUUCGACUACUUAUAUCUGCUCACCAUCCAGAGUGAGUACAGGAUUAGAAUCCUACAAGUCUUGUAGAAGUAUUUUGCACUUCGAAUGUGCAAAGCUCAUACCGUACCUACGGACACUGAUUGAUUGCCAACUGAUUAAGUGCGGAUUGCAUGGCUUAGGCAUUAUCGCACAGUAAGACAAUAUCGUCCGCAUACUCAAGGUUGAGAAGUCUUUCUCCAGGCAACAGAUUCACACCACCAUUACUUACAUCUAUCAGGGCUGUUUCCAGAAUGUCGAUGGCAAGUUUGAAGAGGAAUGGUGAGAUUGGGCAACCCUGCCUAACCCCACUGCUCGAAUGGGACAAUGGAGAGAGGUGGUUGUAUGCCCUUACUCUGCCUGAGGUGUUUGUGUAUAGGGCUUUCAUGAACUCUCUGUAUCUAUGGAAACUCUUUGUCUCGCUUCGAAUAACAAUCAUAUUAAUAAUGACCUUGUAAGAUUCAUCACACACCUUACUAAAUGCCUUCAGCACUCUCUGCAAUACAGCAAAGUUUUUUCUCAAAAACUCGGCAAAGAAUAAUGUAAAACAGUAAAGAAUAAUAGGUAAUAUACAGGAAUCGACAAAUUGUAAGAGUAAAUGACCAGUAAUCCCAAGAGCAUACAGUCAGAUGGAAAACUUUCUUCAAUAACAGAAGAUUAAAAGAGAUCAGAGGAAAUGGUAACACCAAGUUAAUUAACCUUCAACACUGUGCUUAUCAAAGAGUCUCCAAUGGUACAAACAUUAAUUUUACUCUUUACAAAUAUAUUUCACUGUUAUUCCUCAAUUAUGUUUAAUGUAAAUCGAUCUUUCCUUUUUUUUCUUCAAAAGAAUCAUUAAACCUUCCUAAAUCUGCACGAAUCGAACUUAAAAUCAUUCAAAGUCUUGAUGAUAUUCGUAAUCCAAUAUUAGGGGAUUAUGUGGAAGAAAUGU